UAGAAUAUUUUACGAAUUUCAGAUAAUGCUUGCAAGUUCUGAAGCAAGAGGGCACUCAGAUUAUGCUACCAUUGUAGCUCCAAGCCUUGAGAGCUUUAUAAAGGUACAUCUGUGGCGUUUGGUAGAAUCUAACUGCUGGUUGGAGAAUGCUUAAACCAUACUAGAUAAAUCAUCUUCGAGAUGUUAUAUACUCAUUGAUAUAGGGAAACAUUACAAUCAUUGAUAAACACCAGCAGUACCAAACAGAACCUUUUAUUCGUGGAGACUACGAUGCUCUAUCCUUCAUUAUAAGAGAACUGACCAAAUUUGAAAAGGGAAGCAUGGAGUAUGGCUAUGAUGUGGAUUUUCCAAAACUAUACCAGCCAAAGCAUUUUGCAAAAAGGAAGCAUGGCUCAAAGCUUGCUUCGAACAACAAAUCUUUAAAUUUGAAAUACAGCUUAUCACCUGCGAGGAAUUAUGCAAAUUAUAAUUCAAAGGAUAGGAUUUUGAUUACUGAAAAUAAAACUACUAAUUUAUCAACGAUAAUGCCCCGAGCUUCAAGUUCUAAUGGGAAAUUAGUCGAUGGAGAGGUAACUCUCUCCAAGAAGGGCAAUUCUCCAAAGAAAAAGCUGAAGCUUCCAGCUUUAGCUUCUUUAAAUAAUUAUAAUAGUAUUUCAUACAGUAAGAACAUCAAUGCAAAAUCAAAAAUCAAUGAAAAGGUAGAGAGGAGCUUGUUCUCAAGUAGCUCAAAGCCUAGCAGGUAUAGCAAAAAGGCACUAGAUAUGACACAUGAAAUCAAUUACAACAAAAUUGCUGAUGAAGCAGACAGUCUUCAUGAGUUCAUAAUCAUUACUCUUUCUAAGGCGUUUAAAGCAAAGCCAAGGCCUUCUGAAGGCUUUGUAAAUCCUAAUGAUUUCAAAUUUUUGACUGUGGCUGUAGUAAAAGGAAAUAAAAAGGAGAGCUAUUGCUUACGGAAAUGGUAUAAAUACUUACACAAAUAUAUUUCAAGAAUGGUUGAAGUUAUCCUUAGUGCAAACCCACAGAGAAUACCCUCCCAAAUAGCUAACAUGAUGAAUGUAGUGAAAGUAGGGUUAUUCUCCAAGGAUGCAACAACUGUGAAAUUGACUACAGAACUAUUGCUUAAAAUUAUAUCAGAAUUCAGUCAAACUUACUAUAUUAGCUAUUUUUGGGAUUGGAUUAAGGAGCAAGACCAAGUGCUUAAAUUCCAAGUGGAUAUCUUUGGAAGACAUCCUGAUCUGGGUCAUAACAUUUGACAAUUCUUGAUAAAAAUAUAGCAUAUAAUCAUCUUGAAGAGCUCUUCAUGGAGCAUUUGCUUAAAAUAUGCGACUCAGAUAUAUACAAAUACUUAGAAACUAUUCAAGCCAUUAUGGCUCUUUUGAAAGAUAUGUCCGAUGAUUAUCCAGAUAUAGAGACUUUCUUUUUAUCAGGACUAGUUCAGACAAGCUGGAUUGAUUUCCUUAUUUCUCAUCUUAAGAAUGAUGCAAGUGAUCCUAAUUCUGUUCGACAGAUAUGAAUAACAUUUCUGGGAGAGAUCAUUAGCACCUUUAAAUGAGAUUCCUCAAGAGUCAAUGUUGCAAUUGAUAGCCUUUUUGAAGCAUCAAAAACUCCCUGGAAAUUUCAGAAGCUGACAGCUUUUACAGUUUUGUUUAACAUUUUGUCAAAGUUUGCUGCCACUAAAAAUAAGCAUGCUAGGAAAAUUUACAAAUUUUUGGCACAAUCUGUUCCAAAAUAUCACAAUAAUGAGGAUUUGCGAGAAUUUUUGGUAUCAAAUAUGGCUCAAAUUUUAACUGAAAAUCCAAUUAUUCCAUUAGAAGUGGUCCUGAACCCACUGAUAUCUACAAUCAAGAAAUUUCUAGAUGAUACAUAUUACCUGAACUGUUAUGAUUUUAAUUUCUUUUCAGUAAUAGUCAAUCACAAGAAGUUAACUCUUGUGCUUGCUUUAAAGGUAUGAAAGAUUUUAGCAUGGAUGAGUAUAAAAUAGCAUGAUGUACCACAAACCAGCACUUAGGUUACUCAUGGUUGUGCUGAAUAGGUACAUUCAUGUAGACCAAAUGAGCAAUUUUACCACUAAACUCCUAAAAUACUUAUUCACUAUACUUUAUGAAAUUGAAAAACAUGAAAGUGGCCUUUCCCAUAAACCUAAUUCUGUCCUGAACAGUAACCUGUUAAGGCAUAACACUGUUGUUGUAAUGAACAACACAUUGUUUCCAGGAAGAGGAGUAACUUGAGAGUUUGAUCCUUCACUGAACAAUGACCAGAAGAAGAUCUUGAAAAGAUCACUUUGUCUUAGCGUAGCAAUGGCUAUCUUGGAUAUCCCAGAUUCUCAACUACAGGAGAGAGGUGUAAUAGUUCUCAGGUCAAUGAUGUCUAAACUAAAGUUUAAAUACUCAUUAAAGCCAGAUUGGCUCGAGAAACUCAAGCGAAAAAUUCGUCAAAAGACCGUUCCUCUGAUUGGAGCUUCUUUAAGGAAUAUUCAUGGAGAGAUUGAGCAGCCAAUUGUCAUGAGAAAGAAUCCAAAUAAACUGAAAUUAGCAAAUAGAGCACUUGAUGAGUACUUAGUUGAUGAUGUGAUAAAUGAUGACUGAUUAGACACAGAAGUGCAUGAAUUAUCUUCAGAAGGUUACCUUAAGCAUGAAAUGAGCAGCCAUAAUGAAAGCGAACAGAAUAGUGAGAGAUUCAUCUCUUUUCUUUCAGAUAAAGAUAAACAGCAAAGAGAAGCUGAUGAUAAGAGACUUUAUAUGCAGAGACUCAGAAUGGAAUUUACAACUUUUUCAUUACCUGAGGAAAACACUCAAUUAUCUAAAGACCUUGAUGCUUUGCUUUUGUCAUAUAAAAAGUCCAUAAUGUUUCUCUUUAAAAAGUACUCUGCCACUAAAGAGUUUGAUAAGAAAGAAGAGUUUGAGAGUUACAAGCCUCUCAAAUAACCGGCUUAAUAUUAGUGAGACUUGAAAAUUGCUAAGAGAGAGAACGAUCUCAGAGUACUUUCUCACACCAGAUGAGAUAGCACAUAUAGUUCGUGAAGUAAACUCUUUACUUAGGACACCUCAGGAGGAAUGCCAGUAUCUCUCCUAUCAUGGUUUGGAGAUCCUCUUAGUCCAGAUUGCAGUGCAUAUAUCCAGAAAAUACUUCUACAAGAAAGGAAGAGCAAAGUCUCUGUUAGAGAACAUUGAGAGGCUCUUCCGAAGGAUGAGCCUCGUUCGUGAGGAAAGAGAGAUAUCUCUCGACCAUGACCUGAGUAUGAACUUAGAGAAACUUACCAUGAAGAACAGUCAUACCUUUUCACCUGUGAAGGCUUAUAUUAAAGAAAAGAUUGGAGGGCUUAAUAAAAGAGGAAGGAAUCUAGCCAAGCAAGCUGGUGAAUGAAUAUCAAGCAGUCAUAAUCUUACUUACUCAUUGAAAAAGCGAAUUAAAGCACUUGAAAAGCAGAAAGAAGAGAAGGAGUGGAAGAUGCAUCAAAAGUUAAGAGAUUUGAAAAGGAAAAAGAGAAGGAAGGAGUUAGAAAAAUAGCCUUAAGGAACAAAGCAAGGGUCGUAUUGAAAAUAAAAGGCACAAAUUUGAUGAUCAAAUAUUCAAACUUGAAAAAGCGAAGAAGAAAAUAAAAUAACGCUUUCAAACAAAAAGAGAAAUUUCUUAAAUAACAUAAAAAAUAAAGUAGAAGAAGGACAAGAUUACAACCAUCUCGUAUCCAAAGCAUUACAAGAAGAAGGGAAAGAGAAAGAAAUACGGCUUAGAAAUCAGAAGCAUCAGUAUCGACAAGAACGACUUCGAGAGAAAAGGCAUGAAUUUGAUCGAAGAUAUUCUAAGAAUUAAUACUUUAACAAAAUUUAUUUAUCUAGGAGUUGGCAGUGGCUUGUUCCAAAACUUUGCAGCCUCUGACACAGUAUGGAGCCCCACUGAUUUCUCAAGAGAUAAUGAAGGGCUCUUCAGUCUGCUACUUCUUUCCUCUUCCUGCUUUAUCUUUAAGCAGCUCAGGCAUCUUUCCUUUCUACAAGUAUGGGUUGCAAAUCUUGUUCUGGCAUCGGCAAUUCUCUUCUGUAUGGCAAGUCUUUUUCUUCUUUCCUCAUUUUUCAGUCUCUCUUGUCUCUCUAGAUAUCUUUGUAAGAAUUUUCGUUGCUCUUCCUGAUUUCUUUCCUCUGUCUUUCUUAAUAAAUCAAUUGUAUAUUGCUCUCCUUCUGCAGUCUCGAAGGCGGUCACCUUAUGGUUUGCUUUCAGGUUAGAAUGGAGGGUAUCAUGCAGAAGAGCUCUUUUUCUAUUCAAAGAUUUCCUCAUCUUAGGGUUAUUCAGGGAUCCAGUGAAUCUGUACUGACACUUAUCCAUAUGCUCGUGCUCCUGGAUUUGAAUUUUCGUCUUGUGUUUUUCAAAUUCAUUUUUAUAACUGAGCUUAUUUAUAAUCCAGUUGAUCUAAUUCAUCUUCAACCUUUUUGAUGAUCUGUCUAAGUUUAAACUUAUUUAGACUUCAGUUCCCGGUCAUUUGCGAUAAAUGCUCGGAGCUGUUUCUCAGUCAUUCCUUGUUUGUACAGGUAUUCCGUUCCCUUGGUGACUACCAGCCUUCCAGUAUCGUUUAAAAUCUUUUGAUGCUGUUUUAAGGUCUUAAGGAGCUUGCUAUUUCUCUACAAUCUUCUUAUUAAUUUCUUCAUUAACUGCCUUAUUCAUCUUCUUAAGAUGAGCCAUUUUUACUUUAAAAGGGUUUGUGUUGAUCGAGAGAUAGUAUUCUCUAUCAUUCCUUUCUGUGAUUAGUGAACUUAUUUUAUUCUUCCUUGCUGUGAAAUCUCUCCUCAUGGUAUUAUAUUCUUUAGCUAGCUGGGCUUCAGUAUCUAAGUCUUCUGCAGCAAACUUCUUGUUUGGUGUCAGAGGAACCAGAUUAGUACCCUCAUUUAUAUUGGGGACCUUGAUUCUAGUGUAAGCAAAAGGCUGGCUGUCCUUCUUCCCCUUUAGAGUCAUGUAUGGGUGUAAAGCAUUAUUAGGCUUUUCCUUGUCCAUAAUCAUAUUGAAAUAAAAGUUAUUCUUGUUUCUUUGAAUCAUUUCAACUAUCUCUACUGAUCUCUGGCGCCUCUGUUUGUAUUGAGAGGCAGUGUCAGGAGUCUCCUUCUCUUCAAAGUCUUUAGGUAUAGUAAUCCCUUUGAUAUCAAGAGUAUUUGUAUCAGCUGUUUUAGCUAAAUCUUGGUUCUUCAAUGAAAAUAAUGGUUUAUCUUCACUGAUCUGCUUUGUCUGGCCUUUGAAUACAUCUAGACUAAAUGCGCUUCUUAGUAGAUGUGACCCAAAAAUAAGGUCUUUGAUGUCUAAAUUUUGCUCCGUGACUUUGCCAGCUUGGUCGCCAUUAUUUUGAUCUUUCACAAUUUCUUCUGGUUCCUUUGUCUCUUCAUGCUGAGGUAUAUUAUCUUGUAAAUCAACUUGUUGAUCAGACUGGAUCUCCUGUUGGACAGAUAAGAUUUCCUGAUUCUUUUUCUCCUCCUUCUCAAUUUCAACAAUAGGCUGGGUACGGGCUCUCUUCAGAACUUUAGCUGCAUCUGAGUGUUGGGGUUCCAUAUUUUCUAAUUAAUGCUA